UCCUGGGGCUGGCGGCGCGCACACAGAGGGGGUAACACCUUCCCCUCAGGCGGGGCGGGGGGAGCUUUACCCUGGCGACAUGGAGGCCAGAGGCAGCUCGGCUGCAAAGGAGGGGCGAGCCCCAUCUGUGCCCAGACCAUCACUGGUCCCGCAGGACCCUGCAUGUCCAGACUCAAUAACGUCCCUAGAGGCCAGAAGGGGAAGUUUGUAUGAAGACUGGCUCAUAAGGGUUUACUGUCCAGGAUCCCAACGCAUGUAUGAUGUGCAAGCUCCAGAACAGCCUGUCCAGGGAAUCUCACCAUCAGUGUCCGAGAAGAUCAGAACAAUAAGCACUCUGUGCAAAAGAAAAUCUUCAAAAGAUUGGCUAAUGCAGGAACCCUCAACUCCUUUACAGAGGGUCACCUCUUCCCUGGCUAGGAGCAGAUCCCCAAGCACUUUUGGCAGAAGUGCUUCUGAAAGGAAAAAAGCUUGUGAAGAUUGGCUAACACAGAAGCGGUUUUCUCAAGUGCAGGCAAUAUCUAAUGAAGGCCAAGAUAUUAUUGCUGCUACCCAGUCCAUCUUGGACAGAGAAAAUUAUUUUGUUAAGGAGGUGGACAAGUAUUUGAGACACAGAGAUUUCCUAGAGCUGAGAAAGAAGGAGAUCCAGUACAAGAAAUGGCUGGAGUGUGUUUCAGAGCCGCUGCUGCAGAAAAUUGAGGACAAAGUUGACAGCCAGUCAAGUGAAGAAAUAGAGGAAAGGAAACGAAAGCAGCUCGCUCUAUAUUUAAACUACUGUAAUAAGAAGGGUAAGGUGGCAUUGGAAGAUUAUGAUUCUUCAGAGUACGACCCUCUCUUCCUGAAUACACAUCCCACCUAUCUGAAGGUGUCAACUCCACCUUUACACGAUCCGCUGUUAAAAGAGGUACAAGGAAGAUUUCUUGAGGGUGGGCUUAUCCAGCAAUGUGAGACAGGAAGGAUAUACUCGGCCAAAGAAAUGAACGACCUAUAUAAGGCAAAGUUGCCAUUGCUUCCUUUAGGCCGGCAAAAUAUGGAUGCAGCUGAAUGGCUGAAAAUACCCCCAGGAUACAUAGAAAGUGAGAUUCGGCAAAGGAAGAGGCGAAGGGUGAAGAGAAGCCAUAACGCUGGCACCCUGGACUUCAAGGCCUGGGCUGACAGCACAUGUCCUCCCACCCUUUGGAAAGAGGAGAUGUAUAUCUACUAGAAAGUUAGAUUUGGGAUGUGCACCCAGGACCUUCUGCCAAAGCAACUGACCACUUGCCAGUCAUCUUGACAAAAUGCAAUAAAACCAGCUUGCUAACCAUUCCUUUCUGAAGUGCCAAUUCCAUAACAGUACAAUACCCAAAGAAAUGCAAAGUACUCUGUGCUACAUGGAUUUCCAGCCCCAGUAACAAUACUGUACAGACUAAAAAUCUGAGAAAGUUAAAAUGGCAGGAGUUUCAUUUAAAAAUGUCACUGCACAGAGACAGAUGACAGUGCCAAAACACUGAAGUUUAUCGCAAUGCUGUGAAAUGUUUGUAUUGAAAAGAGAAAUAAAUCACCGACAUUUUCCCUACCUUCCCAGCCAUGAUAUAGCCUUCUUAACAAUCCCAGAGACUGCCUAACUAAACAGACAACAAGCAAGACCAGAAAAGGACAUUUCUAGAAUCUGCACAUUCCUACAUAAGGUGCUCUAUUACUACUCCAGGUCUGAUUUACUUCAGAUAUCAAAAAGUGCAGUGAAAACGUGUUAGGGAAAGCAGGUCCCUGGGUUGUCCUUUCCAUGACCUUGAAGGAUUCACUGACUAGUUCCAGAUCUUGUUUAUUUUCCAGUAGGCUAGAACUCUGAGGAUGGGGCACCUUCAGAAUCUCAAAAACAAAUCCUCUGUCUGAACAACGAGCAAAUCAAAGUGCCCCUGGCCAGCCAACCUCAGUUUGAUGGAGGAAAGUAAGUGUAGCUUCUAUAGAUGUUAAACAACAUUCUCAAGCAACUGUUUGAGCUGGUAUUUACUUCACUGUUAAAACUUUGUACGUGAAAAUAAACGUAUGCGUGUGAAGUAUAAAAUAAGUUUGCUUACUAAUAUCAUGCCACAUUUGAAUGACUUUCUGCUGGAGACUUGUUGCAAGCAAAGGUGCACAAACUGAGAUGACUUAACAACAAUGGUCAUAGAAAGAUUGAGUUACCCCAACCAGGCAUGGAAGUAGAAGGCACAUCUUCCUCGAAGACCAGUACUAACCAUUCCAGCUGUAUUAACUUCUGCCAAUAUUCUACAGAUUGAAUAGUUUCAAUACCUU